AUGACACGAUCAUCCGCUCCUCCGGCCAACAACUCUGCGCCUCAGAAUAGCCCCCAGAGCAGUCCGCCGCAAAGCAGCCCGCCGCUGCAGCCACCACCCGAGUCCGCCUCCGAACGCACGCCCAUUACAUCAGCUCGAUCGUUGCGCCAGCUGUCGGUCUUCUGUAUCGGUUCAGCGUGUCUGCUUGCAACAACAGCAAUCACACGCAAGGCUAUCUGGCGGCGGCAGCUUCGAGUGAAGCCAUCGUUCUACGCAGCGAAUACAAAUCCACACGAGUUCUUCAGCCCAAUGUCGGAUGCCUUACAAGCGCUCAACAUGGCUACAAUGAACUGUUUCAGUGUCGGGCUUAUGAUGCUUGGCGGCACCAUGUGGACAUUAGACAUCGCGAACUUGAAGGAGGCACGAUCCAUCCUGCGGGGACGAUUAAACUACGACUCGAUAUACCGAUCAGAAGACGAUGCGCCGAAUGGACUCGGCGAGACCCUGCUCAGAGCGGGGGAAACAAGGAUAGUGGAGGAAGACGAAGAAAGCACUGAUACAAAGUCUCAGUGA